AUGUUUCUUGAAUCAAGUAAAGCUAUGAAAACAGGAUUAUCAAAGUACAGUUCAUGUCUAACAUGGACACUUAUCGGUAUAUUGGUGGCAGGUGUAGCGCUAGCUUCUGUAACAACACUGUACAUUAGAGAAAAGUACACAUCAACCGAGACAACAGCAUCACCUGUUAUCAUGCAAACUUCAGUAGCUCAAGUGAAUUCGUCACCAACUGAUACCCAUCCAUAUCUCUGUGGCAAUGCUGCAUCUUGUACACUUUGGACAUUAUCUUCCUGUAAUGGAAUCACCAUGACAAUCAGCACAACAAUUUGUAGUUUCAAAUCGACUGCACUACAUUUCAGCAGUAUGACCGGUAUUACUAAUCACUGGAUGACAACCGGCUAUACUGCAAUCUAUUAUGCGUCUCAAAACGGAUUUACAGUGUACGCUCGCAGUUCUUGA